GUGUAACGAACGAUCAUCACAGGUUUCCGUAGAGCGUUAGCAACACUGCCGAGGACACCCGAAAGUGCCGAAAAUCUGAUCCAAAAUGAAGCUGCUAAUGGUGACGUUUGCGCUGAUCGUUGUUGCUGCAGCCCUCGUGUCCGCGCUGCCUGCCGUCAACGAUGAAUCCGUCCUUGGUGGUGACGUGUAUGAGGCGGAAAUUGACAGUUUCAAUCCUCAGGAUCCGCAAGCUUUCCUGAAGCUGAAAAAACUGAAGAAGCUGCUCUUCCUCGGUUAGGAUACGCUGCACCGACCAGUAGCAGAUUCCCACCGCCAGUGCCAAACCCUCAUUCACCACACACCGGUACUCUCUUUACACCA